GUUGAUAACCCAUGGGUCACGGUCUUCCGCGAGAACGGCCUCAGCAGCAGCAUCAUAUGCCAUCGGCUAGCGGAGCGGCUAGAGCUGACCUGCACACUCGGGUACGGCAAUCGGCUGCCAGAGGGACCCGUGGGUCCGUCGCCGGGGUCAGUGGAGGUACGCCGCGACCCAGAUCGUGGCGGCUUGGGACUGUUCGCGACGGUUCACCUUCGCCGCAGCGCCGUCAUUUGCAGCCUGGCGAGUUACGUCAUGCCGGCGGACACCGCUAGCAAGAGCUUCAUGGAGAUCGGGUUGGCGAAGCUGAGGCCCGAAGUACGACAGGAUCUUGGUCGCCACUGCGGCGACGGCGGCGGCAAUGUGGAUGCAGCGGUCGCCUGGGGAUUCCUGACGAGAUCUUUCAGAGUCUCCCUCACAGGCCCUACGGGGCUGGUGAGAAAUGCGGCGACCUUUGCUCCUGACCUGCCGUCGCUGGACCUGCACAUGCUGGGGUACGGCAACGAGGGAGCGCUUGUGAACGACCCACGGGUCAAUCCGUGGACCGAGACCGUGCAGCAGCAUCAGCAACAGCUCCAGGAGCCCCAGCAGCAGCCAUCAGCGCGUGCUUACGCUGCUGCCAACUGUCUGCUGCUCCCUGUAUUCGUCCGCGGCCUGCUGCUGCCGGUGCUGGUCACCAACCGCGACAUCGCUCCCGGCGAGCAACUCACUCGCGACUACGGAGCCGACUGGUGGCGCCACAUCCUGCCUGACUGGGAGCUGCUAGCAGACUUUGGCGUCAGUCUGACAGCCGUAUUGUACGGCAAGAACCACAAGGCGGUGCUGGAGUCGUACCCGCCGUACUUGCCGCCGCCGCCACCGCCGCCGUCGGCGACGACAAGCUUGAGGGGAG